GGUGGUGAGAUACUGCCGGGGGAGGUGGAGGGGGCAGUGCCAGAACUACUACGUCAGCGGGAAAUGCUCGAGCGUUCUGUGGCUACACUCCGAGCGCAGGCGCAGAAGCUGGCCCGCGCACACAAGGAUAAAGUCACCACGCUCGUCAAGGAGAACAGUGACUUGCUGGGAUCACUGCGGGAGCUGGAGGACAAGGUGUGGAAGCUGGAGAGAGACUUACGGCAGGCAGAGAGCAUUGCAGGGCUGAGGGACCCGCGCUCUGGCAAGCGUCGGGCAUCCAGGGACCAACUGGUACAGACGGUGACGCGACAGGCGGACACCAUAGCCCGUCUGCAGGAGCAGCUUAUGAUGGUCCAGAAGGGUGGCGAGGGUGAGGGAGGAGCUGAGGGUGCAAGAGAGAAGGACGGGACCCUCAGCCAGCAGGAGCAGGUUGCAGAAGAGGCGACACCGACAGGAGACGCCACCAAGCACAUCAUCCUGCCACUCAGGGAACAAACCAACCAUAACCUUAACACUGUCGCACCUACACACUGAUACUGUUGCACCUACACACUGAUACUGUCUCACACACACACACACACUGAUACUGCCUCACCCUCACACUAAUAUUGUCUCACCUAAACACUGAUACUGUCUCACCCUCACACUAAUAUUGUCUCACCUAAACUCUGAUACUGUCUCACACACACACUGAUACUGUCUCACACACACACUGAUACUGUCACACACACACACACACACUGAUACUGCCUCACCCUCACACUAAUAUUGUCUCACACACACACUGAUACUGUCUCACCCUCACACUAAUAUUGUCUCACCUAAACUCUGAUACUGUCUCAUACACACACUGAUACUGUCUCACACACACAUUGAUACUGUCUCACCCACACACUGAUACUGUC